AUGGAAGAGGAGGCAUCCGCGAGCGAACAACUCCCUGCGUAUAUGAAAGCAAUCUACCUCACUAUCGUCAGCGCAUCAAAUGAGGUGGCUGAGCAAGUGCUUAGGCAACAAGGAUGCGACGCGAGGUUUCUUCUUAAGAAAGCGUGGCAUGACCUCUGCAAGGCAUUCCUAAUGGAAGCAAAGUGGCAUUACAGCAAUUACAAACCAACCCUCCAUGAGUAUUUGGAGAACGGGUGGAUCUCUUCUGUCUCUGGGCCACUAAUGUUAAUUCAUGUUUUCCCCAUGAUCGAGAAGAAGGGUGUUGUUACCCCAAACUCCAUACAGCAACUUGAGAGUUAUCCAAAAUUGGUACAGAUGGUGUCCAAAAUAUUCCGCCUCUGCAACGACUCCGCAACACAUUCUGUAAGAACAACUAACUGCCGAUUCCCUCUUCCUUUCGCAAAUGCCUGUGUGAAUAUGGCGCGCAUCGCCCACUGCAUCUACCGGGGUGGAGAUGGUAUUAGUGCACCAGACGAUGAGAAACGGAUGGAAAUCAAGGAGCUGUUCUUGGAGCCAUUCAAAGAGGAGAAAUGA